CAAGCAUGUCUUCAUACAGCCGUAGCAGCUUCAAGUCCUCUGGGGGCUCCAUGAGUGGAGGAUCUCGCUUCUCCAUGUCUGGUAGCGGUGGUGGAGGUGGACGUGUCUCUGGCAUGUAUGCAGGCAGUGUGCACGGAGGAGCUGGAGGUUAUGGCACACGCAUCUCCAGUGCUUCUGCUUCUCGCUCCUACUCUGCUGGAGGCGGUGGCGGCUUCGGAGGUGGUGCUGGGUUCGGUGGAGGAGCAGGUGGUGGAUUUGGCGGAGGCUUUGGCGGUGGCGCUGGUGGUGAUGCCUUUGAUGUGUCUGCAAAUGACAAAGCCACCAUGCAAAACCUCAAUGACCGUCUGGCCUCCUACCUGGAGAAGGUGCGCUCUCUGGAGAAGGCCAAUGCAGAUCUUGAGCUGAAGAUCCGCCAGUUCCUGGACAGCAAGACAUCUCCCUCUGCUCGGGACUACAGUGCCUACUAUGCAACAAUCAGUGACCUCCAGAACAAAAUCCAGGAUGCCACUCGUAUCAAUGGAGGCAUCUACCUCAGCAUUGACAAUGCCAAGCUGGCCGCAGAUGACUUCAGGGUCAAGUAUGAGAAUGAGCUGAGCAUGAGGCAGUCUGUGGAAGCAGACAUCGCUGGCUUGAGGAAGGUACUGGAUGAGCUCACAAUGACCAGAUCUGACCUGGAGAUGCAGAUCGAGGGUCUGAAGGAAGAACUGAUCUUCCUCAAGAAGAACCACGAGGAGGAGCUCUUGGCAGCACGUGGCCAGAUGAGCGGACAAGUCCACGUAGAGGUCGACGCAGCACCACAGGAAGACCUGACAAAGGUCAUGGCUGAUAUCCGUGAGCACUACGAGCAAGUUGCUGCCAAGAACCAAAGAGAUCUUGAGCACUGGUUCCAGUCCAAGAGUGAAUCCCUCAAUAAAGAAGUCGCUGCAAGCACAGAAACCCUACAAUCAACCAAAUCUGAAAUCACAGAGCUUAAGCGCACACUCCAGGGUCUUGAAAUUGAACUCCAGUCACAACUCAGCAUGAAAGCGUCAUUGGAAGGCACUCUGGCAGACACACAGGCCCGCUACGGCAACAUGUUGAAUGGUUACCAAAUGCAGGUGGGCAACAUGGAAGAGCAACUGAUGCAGCUCCGUGCUGAUCUGGAACGCCAAGGUCAGGAGUACCAGAUGCUUCUGGACAUCAAGACCAGACUGGAGAUGGAGAUUGCAGAGUACAGAAGACUGCUGGAUGGAGAGGCUUCAAGAAGUUCUCAAACCGUAUCCACAACCAAAACCUCAUCCACAUCCUCAUCCGCACCAUCAUCCACAUCUACAUCCACAACCACACGCAAAGUGGUCACCAUUGUAGAGGAGGUGAAGGAUGGCAAAGUGAUCUCCUCCACCCAGGCUGUCACCGAGUCCAAGUGAGAUCUCAAACAAGACCAACCAGGACAAACACUCUUGAGAUAAAACAACGCUAACUCAGAGUGGUUGAAAAAAUAAAUGAAUAAAUAAACUGGUCUGAAUGUG